UGGCACAAGCCGCUGGAUCCGGAUUCUCUAUUCUUAUACACGCACACACACACGCACGAAUUUGUUGUUGUUUGGAUGUUUACUUGGUGAGAUUGUUUUCCGCGUUUGUUUUCGUCGUUUGAAUGUUGUAAGUAGUAGCUGUCAACGGUGACGUUAGCCGAUGCACAAGAAGGGAUAAUCGCGGUGUGAUUUGCGAGAGUGAUUGGAGGUGAAUCAGCAGCGCCUACUUGGAGAUACGGAAACUGACAGCAUCCGACAGCAUUCCGGCACAGACUGUGCGGUUCCACGACUCUCACGUGUGUGGAUUUUGGGAGAGCGGGAGAGAGCGCGAAUGUUGCGGAGAGAGUGCCAGUGCCGAAGUGAGUGAAGACGGAACCGCUGCUGGAGGUUCACGGUUCCGGUUGGAACUGUUUUGAAAUCAGAGCAAGAAACGUGGAACAAGGAUACGGGUGUGUUAUCGUCAUCGUUGUCGUCGUCGUCGUGUCGUCGUGAUCGUUGUGUCGUUGUUGUCGUCUACGUGUUUAGUUGUUUUCAUAAGUUUGUUGUUUGUCCGGAAGAAGGCGGAACCUUUUGCAAGCAAAUCCGCGGUGACAGCGCGCGUAAACAACGGAAAUCCGAAUAAAAACGAAAGUCACAAAAAGGAAAUUUAAAUGUUUAUAAGCGGAGGCAAAGGUGGAAAAAUAUUACAGGGAUCUACUUUACGAGUUAAAGUUUAAGUUACGAAAGAAAUCAACAAAAUUCUGGAGCAGGAACAAAAAUAUCAGCCAACGUUUAGAAAAGUAUCGACAACAAAUCAAAAAACACACAGUACCAAGUACUAGUACGAAAGAAGGAGAGACACAUCGACGCGUGACUCUGUUGUUAUCUAGUGUUCGUUAUCGUUCCCGGUGAACCUUAAAGGUGUGGGGAAGUGCAUGUGCCCGUCCGGACAGUUGGACAGCAUCUGAUCCCGGCCUGUCGUAGUAGGCCUCUGCUCUCACCCAGCUCUGAAGAGCAGAGAGUCCUCCUGCUGGAAGUAGGAUGCAACUGCAGCUCCGGCCAACAGCAGUCCCGUUCGGCAAGCGGCGGUAGUCAACAAUCGUCUCCAGCGCCGUCAGGUGUACGUGUCCGGUGUACGCACGCACGUGUUUUCUUCCGUUCAAGCCGGCGAAUCUCGCCGGAAUUCCGUUGCACCACACUCUUCCCGCGUCAACUACGCGUGUGUGAUACCCCACGUGUGCGAAUCAAACACAACAAAUAUCAACCAAUCGAGCUCAACACUAGCAACAAAAACACAUUCACACACACCACAAAAAAUCAAGACAAAAAAAAAAUCACAUCAAAAAGUGCCUAACCACAAGUUCUCUGUUCUCGGUGUGUGUACGAGUUAAGACGUGAAUGUUCGCGAACAAAACCAAAACAAAGCCUUGAACUGCGUGAUUGGCACCAACAUCAACUGUUAUCACUGUUAUCCCAAAAAUCCAAAACAAAAAUUUGAAGGCUUGUGAAGUGCGCGAACACGUGUGAACGAACCUUGAAGAGAGACCCCCUCCUCGCACUGACGCGUGUGACCGGACCUUCAAGCGGCGUGGCGCCAAGUUUAGAUGUGAAAUUGAUUUCUCUUGUCCUGUUUUCUUAAUUUCGAAACGUGACGCGGGGACGGAAAAUCCUCCGAAAAAAAAGAACAAACAGAAAUUCCGGGAAUUUGUGACCCUCGCCGAAAAAAAAACACAAACAAAUUUAAUUUAAAGUUUAUGUGUUGGCCAAAACUUCACGGGGGAAGGAAAGUUCCGGGCCAUUGGCGAGGAAGAAAUUGUACAACAAACCGAAAUAAAGUGGAAAAAGAUUGAGUUGCUGACCGAACGCGGCGAGUGAGCGAUUGCCGGAAAGUUUUGGUUUUUUAUUGUUUCUUCGACCUUUGAGCAGAUCUCGCGCGCGAUUUUUAUGACAGAUUCCGUUCGGCUCUCGUUGCGAGUGUGGUUGAAAUUGAGAUUUGCGCUUUAAUUUUUCCGGGCCGGGACCGAAUAGCCCAGGAAGUCACGUCGCCGGGUGUAAUAUCCGAAAAUCGUGCUCCGGCGUAAUAAUUUCUAAUAAUAGUUGCAAUAACAAUAACAUCUCCGAGGCGAGAGAAACACCGGCGAGUUUUCCUCUCGAAACGGCGAGGGUGAAAAUCGGAAAAGUGGGUGGUGCAUUCCGGGUGUGAAAAACGAGCAGCUCGAGAAAAGGGAAAAUAAUACAUUGUGAGUAAGAGUGAGUGUGUGUGUGCGGGCUGGAGUCCAAAAGUACCAAGUGUGGUGGAAAAUAUUAAUGAGUUCAGAAAUAUAAUAAUAAAAACAGCUCAUAAAUAAUAUCGCCGGGCCGAGGUUUUGUGAGUUUAAGUGUUUUCACCCCGACCCUGCCUCCUUUGCGAGCUCCCAGAGCUCCAAAACGGCCCCCUAAGUUUUUCCCAUUGUUCUGCCACAAGUGGGCCCACCAAAGGGGUGCGAGUGUGAAGAAGAGCAUUUCCCAGUGGUUCUUUGCGCCUGGAAGUAUACCAUAUGGAGCAGAAGUAGCAGUCGACGAGUUUUCCCGGGGCCUGCCCACAGAGAGCAGUGUGAAGGAAAUUUAUAUCAAAGAAAUCACAAAUCAUAAGCGUGAGCCAAGUGCUUUCCCAAGUGGUGUGUGCGAAAGAGAAAGUGUCUGUGUGAGUGUGUCACAAGGGUGUGUGUUCGUGUGUGGUUUUCCUCUCGGAGGAAGAAGAUCAACAGCAGCAGCGAGAGAAAAAAAGCAGAUAAAAAAUAAAUGUGUAAUAAUAGUGCAAUAAUUCUCCACUCACUGUGAGUUCUCCUUCCCCUCCCGUUACUUCUUCCUUUUUGACGCUCUGGACGAGAACCAUUGAGGCGCAGUUUUCCACAAAAAAGCUUCCACCAAAAGUCCAGGGCACCAUCGGUGGCAGUGGUGAAAACAAAACAAAAAGAAACACAGUAAAAGCAGGAAGCAUAAUCGUAGCCAGUAAAUACUAUCAGAAAAUUUGAAACAAGCAAAAACGGCGCUCAUUCCGGAAAAGUGAGAAAGGGAGGAAAAGUAAAGAAGUGAGGAAGGCAAGCAAGGAAAAAUAAAAGUUUCACCACCCUGUGUGCCUGUGUCUGCGUUUGUGUCCCAUUUGCGGGUCUGUGUGUGUGUGUAGAUGUUAAAAAUGUUAAAGUGAGUGUUGUGAAGAAAUUCUACUCGCAAAUAACCAACAACAACAAGAAGGAAAAACCGGCAAGCAGGAAACCCUUUUUUCACCGGUCGCGCGCGAAUCGUUCGUGAAAAGUGCUUUCUUUGGUCGACGACUGGAGAAGUAGCAGAAGAAGAAGAAAAAGACGUAGUAAAAGCUGGAAGCAGCAGGAAAAACCACGAGGAGCUUCGUCGAUAUUGCUGAACUCGACCAAAUGUUGGCCUUUCAUAACGAACAUAUAACAAGCUGUGCGUUUUUGACGUAUUUCAGUCCGGAAAACGCUAUUAACGCUCAAGGCGCGUUACAUGAAAAGCAGACUUCACCUGGGGUUUUUGCUCAACCGAUUUCUUCUCACACGCGAUGCAGAAGAGACCGUCUCUUCUACUAGCAAAAUGAAUCGAUGAACCGUGCUAUUCAAGUUAAGCCAGCGGAUAGCGAGAACCGCGGUGAUCGAAAGCUUUUCGUUGGCAUGCUUAGCAAGCAGCAAACCGAGGAGGAUGUAAGACAGUUGUUUAACGCGUUCGGAACCAUAGAAGAGUGCACGAUACUGAGAGGACCAGACGGUGCCAGCAAAGGUUGCGCCUUUGUAAAAUUUACCUCGCAUCAAGAAGCUCAAGCUGCUAUAACAACUCUUCACGGUAGUCAAACUAUGCCGGGUGCGUCCUCUAGCUUAGUGGUCAAGUUUGCGGACACCGAGAAAGAGAGGCAACUCCGUCGUAUGCAGCAAAUGGCCGGUCAUAUGAACUUGCUGUCGCCGUUCGUCUUCAACCAGUUCGGACCGUACGGUGCCUACGCCCAGCAGCAACAGGCGGCACUGAUGGCCGCGGCCACCGCACAGGGAACCUACAUCAACCCGAUGGCUGCACUUGCAACACAAAUACCUCAUGCGUUGAACGGUGAAUACCAUCAUCAUCCUUCGAACCCCCGUCCGGCCCCAACACUGACCCCAACUGAUUGUCAUGUUUCUCCGGUUCUUCAAGGUUCAGGACAACCCGUGAACGGUGCCAUCCCUUCGCUACCGUCGCCGACGAUGCCGACCUUCAAUAUGGCCGCACAAACGCCAAACGGGCAGCCGGCCGGUUCCGAGGCGGUCUACACCAACGGAAUCCCCCAGACCUACCCAGGGCAUGCGCUCCACCUGUCGAUACCGGCCCAAGGACUUCCAAACGGGGACGCCGCACUACCCCACGCGGCCUAUCCCGGCAUCCAGCCCUACCCGGGUGUUGCCUACCCAGCCGUUUAUGGACAAUUUCCGCAAGCCAUUCCGCAGCCGAUUGCCGCCAUUGCACCAGCGCAACGUGAAGGCUGCUCCAUAUCGGGCCCGGAAGGUUGCAACCUGUUCAUCUACCAUCUGCCCCAGGAGUUUGGCGACGGCGAGCUGAUGCAGAUGUUCAUGCCGUUUGGCACUGUGAUAAGUUCGAAAGUCUUCAUUGACCGGGCCACGAACCAGAGCAAAUGUUUCGGUUUUGUGUCGUUUGACAAUCCUGCCAGCGCUCAAGCGGCAAUCCAAGCUAUGAAUGGUUUUCAGAUUGGUAUGAAAAGACUGAAAGUUCAGCUGAAGAGACCAAAAGACGCCAAUAGACCCUAUUAACAAUCAGAGAUCAAGAGCGCUUUAAGGAGUGCUUCUGCUGAAGCUUUAAAAUACGAAGUUAAACCUUAGACAAAAGAAAUACUAUAUCAUCAAUUAAAAAAAAAAAGAAAACCAGUGAAAAAAUUAAUCAAAAAAAAAGAACAAACAGAAUUUAACCGGCAAAUUAUUCACAAACACUCACACAAACAAACUUACCAGAGCGAGAGCGAGAGGAAGGUCGCGGACAGCGCAGUCAUCACACCAGUUCUAGUCAUCAGGCCCCAUCCGAGUUACGUCGUUUACGUUCGUCCCACCACACGGCCCUUGAAUAAGCGGGGGGCGGGCGGAUUUGCCAACUCAUCCAGAUCAUCGCCAACGGCAGCCCCGGAGUUUUAAGUUAAUGUUAUGGAAUCACACACAAACACACUCACACACACUCUGUACAUUUAGAUAUGUAUGAACAAAAACAUAUAUUAUAUAUACAUUACCUAAGAAUAUAUAUAUAUAUAUAUAUACACUAGGGUGUAAUUACGAGAAGUUAGAGGAUUUUUCGUUUUAAAUUUUAAAUUAAUUUCACUGUGCCAGUUCUGGAGAGCAUACACAAAAUAAAACAGGAAGUAAAAAGGUAAGGCUAAAAACGUAAAACAAUUUCAAAAAACGAGAAGGCGAGUUUGGAAUUUAAAGUUAUUAGAGAGGCGAAGUCGAGCGUUUUGUCUCGUUUUAUUUGGCACGUUUACAAAGUGGGGGAUGGGCUCAUAUUCAAACUAAUCGAUUGCGAAUUUGAAAAACAAAGAACAAACAAAAAAACUCUAGCGCAACACUGUAAUGAAGGUAAAAACAUUUUAAAUCUAAACUAAAGGCCACUGACGUUCUAUAUACAUAGAAUUGGGCGCAAGCUCUGCAUAUUAUAUAGAGGGUUAGAUAAACAAGAAACUUAUUAACAAAAAUAUUUAAAUUUAACGAUCAAAACCCAACAAAAAAAAACCUACGCAUAGAGUGUGGCGACGAACGAAAGCACGAUCGAUCGAAAGGACAAAGUUGAGCUAUUUUACAGUUUCGGAAAAUUAUUCGUAUUCGGCCCCGGAAGCGGAAGUGAGAGAUACUGUUGCCCAUCACUUAGUAUACUAGCUAGAAGUAAUUUAUCUAUAUAUGACAAAGGAAUACAUUACACAAAGAACACAAGCCCACUAACACGUACAUUCAUUACACGCAUUAUUUCUACAAUUUAACAAAGGAAAAUCAACUUUAGAUUAAACGUAAUUUUAAAUCAUAAAAUCGAAGAUUAUAGUUGAAUUAAACCAAGAAAGCUGCACAUUCAGCUAUACCAUUAGUACUGUACUAACCAAAACGUAGCGUGCUUAUUAUGUUUAUUUAUUUGUUUUUAAGUUUCUCAUUAAUCAUUUAACAUCAUUUUACCUGUUGCAGUAUUAAUUUAUCUAAUUUAUUCAUUUGUAGCCAAUGAUCCCUUAUCUUAAGUUUUUCUUCCCACUUUCGUUUAAGUUCAACCCCUAGAACUGGUUUCGUGAAUCUUAAGUGCAAUACAAACUUAGUCGAACGUUGUUUUCUACUAGUCUUCUUAGAAGAGCGAAUUUACUACCUUUAGAGAGAAACCAAUUUGUUAGAGGGAAGGAAAAGAAACGCUAGUGCUUUUUUGAUAUACUAGGUUUUAACCCUCCGCCAACCGCCAUUUUUUACCACUUUAACGGGGGCAAAGAAUGAAAUUCAGCUUGCUAACAAAUGUGUUACUUAUCAAUUAAACACACACUUACAAACAACAAUAACAAAAACAAAACAAAAAAAAAGCAUAAUUACAUGAAUACAUUCAUUCGAAAAGAAUCUACAGCUAAGUAAAGCCAAAAACUGAGAUAAACUUGUACUAGUUUAAUCGAUCCCGAACAAAAGAAAAAUGCUAGCGAAAAGAAACAAAAAAAAGUUACACACAUAUUUAUUAUGAGAUAGUUCGGGGGGGAGCAAAUUUAAACAAACACAAACAAACUUAGGCAAGUUAGUCAACUGUAUAGCUAAAAUACUAACCAAGAAAGAAAAAAAAUGAAACCCCCACCCCUCUCACCGUUUCGUUUUGGGUGCCUCGAAUUGACUUAACGAAAAAGCUUCUCGUAGUUGAGGCCUCCUGUUCCUUAGGUUUGCACACACACACACAAACAUUCGCCCCCACACUUAUUAGAGAGGGUAGAGUCACUGGCGGUAGAGUACUUAAAACAAACGGUAAGUCUUUCCUAGAGCAUGAUGAAGUUUAUCAGAAGAACAGUUGAGGUUGGCAUCACGAUCCACUGCCCAUUGCUGGACCUUAAUCGCGCGAGAGAUGGAUCGAGUGUGAUUAUUUAUUUGGAUUGUUUUUCUUGAAUGAUUACACUGGAAAAGGGUGAGUUUUAUGCGAAGGUGGUUUAGUUUAACUUUUACCGGCACAUUUUUUUUUUUUUUCAAGAAAUGUGUGCAACAUUUUGGUUUUUGAGACUAUUCCUUGAAACGCGACGCGCACAAUCAGUAGCGCAAAUAGUAUAUUUUGUUUUAGAGUGUAAGAGCAAAAAUCAAACAAUCGAGACAAAUUAGCGCACAACUUUCAAACUGCUUCUUUUCGAUCCUUCGCAAAGUGGCCGCUACUGUUUUGCCUUUUCAAACGCAAGAGCAUCUCUUCUAUUCAAACGGUUUAAGACAAACAACACACAUUAGAUAAUUGAACAAAUGGGCUGUGAUUUAAAUGUUUUAUUUGUGUAAAGUAACGGAAACGUUUUCAACCGCAGUUAAAUUCGCAACUAUCGACCAUUUCUGAGUUUCAACUACAAACAAAAAUAAAACGUGGAACGUGUAAAAUUGACUGUCUGUGAAACGAUGCUAGUGACACCUACAAUCUAACUGACCUGCCAGCAGAAUAAGACGAGGAAUCUUUGUACAGCUGUACAGUCUGUUGUGUAAAACCCAUCCGGCUUUCUGUCAUCGUUUCAGUUUGGUGCGGUUUCAAUCAAUCUCGAUGUUUGCUUGUAACGAAACACACAAACACACAUAUAAAACACUCGAAUUGACAUUUAACCCUCAAUUUGGGGAAUCUAUAAAUGUGUUUUUAAUCACAUUUUGAGUUGCGACUUUCCUCGGUGUUUUGUCGUCGUCGUCGUCGUCGAUGUGUUUGUAUCAAACAACUAGUGAAAUCACUGUUACUAUUUGGAUAAGGCUAUAAUCACACGUGCGAGCACGAAAGUGGGAGGAUGAUGAAGCAUGAUGAACCAGUACCUUGACAGCUUCUCUUCUCCACUGUCGGGAGGAGGAGUGACAACUAAGUUAUUUACACUCUAUCUGACUGUCGAAUCCUUUAAAACUGACGUAUUGUAAGGGAAAAAUGCUUGCAAUCGUGGUCUAGCAGAGUUUCAUGAAAUUUUGUCAUAUUUUCACAAAUUUUAAAUUCACUUUUACACUUAACAAUCAUUACUUCAAAGCAAGGCUAGAAGAGAACUCUGAAUUCUUUAAAUUUCUUUAAUUUUCUUUUGUCUGUUUACCUCUUUUCCUAAGAGAAGCGUGAUGCAAAAAAGGUUAGAUAUCUAACGAAAUCAGAAUUGUUCUUUUGCUUACUGCCUUCCACCGAGCAACCCCAGCUCUCAACUCAAAAUAACAACAGUUCAGAAGAUUCCAGAUUCGGCACCAACACCAAAUAUCACUUUUUACGUUGUGUUUACUACGGGGACGGUCGAAAUCACAAUAUUACGUUAUAAAAUCCCGUUUCCACUCACGAAACCACACGCAGUGCAAACAACAACAUCAAACUUUUGACAACUGCAGCUUGGCAGCACCGUCAGCCGCCUGCUGCGCAACGCAAGGUGGUGAAUUCCUAAACUCACCACCGUCGGAGUUCGGUGCCGAUGGCAUCGGCAGCGACGUUUUAAAUUAUUUCUGAACAAAACAUUAAACUUUUUGAAACUUUUCUAGACCACGACGAAAGUAAUGUUUGAAAAAUCUUAACCAGUAGCGCCACCUUCAAGAGCAGAUCCCGUUCUGACAGGUUACCAACCUUCGCAUAAAGUUCGCCCGCGGUCGAGUCCUAUUGCCAAACGUUUAAAAAAAACCCUCUUUGUUACAGAAUGACGUUUCUUUGUUUAACGUGUGUAAAUACUGUACAUUUCUCGCCACUAGCAAACGUAUAUAUCUAUACAAACCAAACAAACAAAAAAUGCUAGCACUUACAACUAGAUCCUAACGUCGUAUAAAGGGAAGGAAGCAAAAGGAUGGAAGUAUUAAAUCAUAUCAGUUUGAAAGAAGUUAUUUUUGAAACAAAAUAAUACCUAUACCUAUACACAACAAAAACACCGAUAUACUAAACGAAAAAAAAUCGCAUAUGUAGCAUAUAGUUUUGAACAAAGAAGUAUAAAAAAACAAGAAAGGACUACAGCCCAACGAAAGUGAACCCACCUUUUUAAACGAGCAUGCUUUCGAUUGGUUCCAAAACCCCUGCAUUGUAAAGCAUUAAUUUUCCAUCAUCCAAAAAACUAACCUAUAUUUCCCCCCUCCUCCACGAGAUGAAAACGGAAAGAAAAACUCUUCUCAACCUCAUCCCACCUGGUUUUGCGUAACUCGGUUCGAUUGGUUCCAAACCAACAAAACUGUUUCUUAGAAGACGAUUAACAAAAAAAAAAUAAAGAAAGAAAAAACACUAUUUUAAAACGCUAUUGAUGGUAGAGUGAACGGCAGAAUAGUUUAGUGCGAGCAGCCGAUAGUGCAGACAGCAAAUCUCUUAGUCUUGUUACCUAGAACACACCCACACAUCCUGUCAGCCUCUUAGUAUAUGCUAUUUUAGUGGCUUUGGCGCUUAAGUUUUGGAGGGAAAAUGUAAUUUUUCCUCCAGUAUCCUCUUUACCAAACCCCUCCUUGAAAUUUUUACCGCGCAAGCACAAUUAUCCUAGUAGAGUGCACACUACACUGUGUUAUAUGUUAUAUUAGAGAACAAUAAAGCUGCUAAACAUCCGACACGAACACACACACUCACACAUUUACACAUACA